AGAUCACCACAGUGGCUCCUCAGCAGCAGACCGAGGCCACAGAGAAAGCAAUCUCCCUGGGAUGGAGCCAUUGGCAACGACCUUGUGUCCUCUGGACUCCACACAAUCCACCAGAAAUGAAACCCUAAAUGAAACCACCUUGUUUUUGGAGUAUGUGACUGAAUACUACACUUAUACUUUAAUCUCCCUGGUCAUUUGUUCCCUGGGAAUGGCUGGAAAUGGCCUUUUGGCAUGGUUCCUGAUCUUUUGUAUCAAGAGGAAGCCAUACACCACCUACAUCCUGCAUCUCGCCAUUGCCGACUUUAUGGUCCUCCUCUGUUCAUCCAUCAUUCAGAUAGUGAAAAUGUUCCACAUCAAAGAUUUCACCCUGCUGAGCUAUACCAUCCUCUUCUUGCUCUUUGGCUACAACAUGGGCCUGCACCUCCUCACGGCCAUCAGUGUGGAGCGGUGCCUCUCCGUGCUUUACCCAAUCUGGUACCAGUGCCGACGCCCGAAGCACCAGUCCGCUGUGGCCUGUACACUUCUGUGGGCCCUCUCUGUUCUCAUGUCUGCUUUGGAAAAUGUCUUCUGCUUUCAGGAAGAGGAUCCCCAGUUCCCAGAAUGCCAGAACCUGAACAUAUUCUCCUCUGCCUUGACUUUGCUGGUCUUCGUCCCUCUCGUGGUCUUCUCUAAUUUGAUUCUCUUCAUCCAAGUCUGCUGUAACCUAAAGCCACGUCAGCCGGCUAAACUCUAUGUGAUCAUCACGGUCACCGUCAUCCUGUUUCUCGUCUUCGCAAUACCCAUGAAGGUGUUGCUUAUCAUCAGCUACUAUUCCGAUUCUGAUGAUGGUUCUAUACCAGAAGCCUUCCUCUACCUGGACCUGCUGUCCACUAUAAACUGCAGCAUCAAUCCAAUUGUCUACUUUGUGGUAGGCAGUCUGAGGAGGAAGAGGAGUAGGAAGUCCAUAAAAGAAGCGCUGCAGAAAGUCUUCGAGGAAAAGCCAGUGGUGGCCUCGAGGGAGAAUGAGGUACACUUCUCCCUGCCUUCAUGA